UUGUUUGGACUGCAGACAACAGCAGGCAGGAUGUUGCGGCUUCGCUGUAAAACCAAAAAUGGCAGCCACAUAAUGCAGGGCUUGACUCAUCAGUCCUGCGUGCAAGAGCUGAAGACUAAGGUGGAGGAGCUCACUGGUAUCCCCUGUGAUGUGCAGAAAAUCAUGGUUGGUUAUCCACCGUCCAGCCUUGAUCUUCAAAAUGGAGACGCUCACCUCAAGGACUACCCCAUCAAAUCAGGAGACACACUCAUUGUUGAGGAAGAAAAAAACAAGCCAAAGCCUCCUCAGGAUCGUCCCACUGUGACUAAAGUUCCACUCCUGGAAGCUUUGCCCAUGCUGGCACGUCGAGUGGUCCCGGCUGACAACUCCUGCCUCUUCACCAGCGUGUAUUACGUGGUGGAGGGGGGAGUAUAUGACCCUGCUUGUGCCCCCGAGAUGCGAGGCCUCAUCGCCCAGAUCGUGUCAAGUGACCCCGCAGCUUACUCUGAAGCGGUGCUGGGAAAGACCAACGAGGAGUACUGCACCUGGAUAAAACGUGACGACACCUGGGGGGGAGCCAUCGAGGUGUCUAUCAUGUCCAAGUUCUACCAGUGCGAGAUCUGUGUGGUGGACACUCAGACGGUCCGAGUGGAUCGGUUUGGGGAGGACGCCGGCUACCACAAACGCGUGCUGCUCAUCUACGACGGUAUCCAUUACGACCCGCUGCAGAAGGAAACGCCCGGCUCUGACGUUCCGCCCAACACCAUCUUCUCCACCACGGACGACGUAAUCCUGGCUCAGGCCCUCGAGCUCGCAGACGAGGCUCGCCGCAAGCGUCAGUUCACGGACGUUAACCGCUUUGCGUUGCGCUGCAUGGUGUGCCAGACAGGCCUGGUGGGACAAAAGGAAGCUCGUGAGCACGCCAAGGAGACAGGCCACACCAAUUUUGGGGAAGUGUGAACACUGUUUUGUCCCGUCCCCCUGUCUCUCCCCCCGUCACAAAUACAACCACCACCAACCUUGUUCCCCAAAUGUCUGGCAACUUUGUUGGUCUAUCUGUCAAUCUGCUUUUGUGAUCCUCUACCUCACAUUGUCCAGUGACAUCUAUGGAGAAUCUGCAGACACUGUGUUCAGCCUCCAACCUGUUCAGUAUUUCUUUUAAACUGCUGUCAGUUCUCAAAGUCAGAAAUGCUACUGCUGUACUCCGAUGUCUUUAAACCAUCUUCUUAGUCUGUUACGAUGGUUUCAGAUCUGUUUAACUGGGUCAAGUAAAAUAUGCAAACCAUUCUUAGGAUAUGUCUUAAUCUCUUUGGGUUACUCGAUGGCUUGGUUGUAUUGAUAACGAACCAAAAUGGCGUUUCACAUGUUGGCAAUUCGGAAAAUGAACCAAAUUGCCAAUACUUACCUGUGACUGGCUAAACUUAUAUUUUAUUAAACCUUGCUAUCUGGCUCUAGAAAGAGUUUAAGACGACCAUUAAGAAUUAUUUGCACUAUGAUGUGAUCCUAUUCACUGUUGUCUUAAGCGCAGCACACAAAGAAUGACUGUUAUCAUCAAGCUGUUCACAUAGCAUGUUUUUUUUAUUUCCCUUGUUUAUUGAUUUAUCUUAGAAACACUUCCAAAAUUAAAAAUGAUAAUUUGGUUAAUUGUAGAUGUCUGAAUUGUUCAGCACAGAUGGGCUGCGUUCAGGCUAAACUAGAUGGAUCUUUAUUCAAAUGUGACAUCUCUUUGGAUUUACUGAGCUGUGGCCAUUGAGGUUAUGCAUUUUUAAAUACAAUCCCAUUUCGCAAUCUGUGAUACGUUUCCCUUUUUAUUACUUAUGUCUUUGU